GCCCCCAGGGCCAUGGGGCUGCCCCACAGGCAUUCUCGUGCCCUGCCCUUCCCUGGCCCCCACAAUUGCUAAUGAACGGCCCCCCGCAGCCCGCACCACCAUGGGGGAGACCUUGUUCUCCCAUCUGGGGAAACUGAGGCAGGGAAGACCCAGGACUUAGGGCGUGGAACCCAGUCCUGUGCUCUGAGCAGCGCCACCCUGCGCCAUGGUCUGUGUCUGCAACCCCCUGGCUAGCGCCUGCCUGACCCGCUGCCCCCGCGCCCCGCAUGCCCGUGGCCCGCACCCCGCAGGGGAGGGCAGAGGCUCUGGGAGCAAGCUGUGCCUGGGUGGGGGGGCCGCGCCGGGACCCGUGCUAACCUCUGGCUGUCUUGGGCGGCUCUCUCCAGCCCCCCAGAGAACCUCCCCCACAACCCCGAAGACGAUGCCGGUGCCAACCCGAGUGACCAACAUCAUCCCCAGCAACAUCACCCGGAAAAACCCGCCUGCUGCCCGCAACGGGGGCAGUGAGGCCGACACCCAGAUCCUGGAGCUCAACCAGCAGCUCCUGGACCUGAAGCUGACAGUGGACGGGCUGGAGAAGGAGCGCGAUUUCUACUUCAGCAAACUGCGGGACAUCGAGCUGAUCUGCCAGGAGCACGAGAGCGAGAACAGCCCCGUCAUCUCUGGCAUCAUCGGCAUCCUGUAUGCCACCGAGGAAGGCUUUGCGCCUCCGGAGGAUGAGGAGGUGGAGGACCAGCAGCCGGAGGACCAGGACGAAUACUAGCUCUGAGCCCUCCUGCAUCCCGUGACGCCGCCCAGCCGUGCUCGUCCUGACAUAGACACUGGAGGGUUUGCGGGUACAGCCGCGGCCUGCACUAUCACACAUUAUAACAGUUUCAACCAACCAGCCCACCACCCCAGUGCUUUCUGUCCAGCCGCAGAUCCUGGGACCCCACGGACUCCAACAAAGGCCUAGAGAGGAGAACCGACUUGUAAAUACGCAUGGGGCUGCCGGGGGGGGGGAAGGGCCCUGGCCCCCUGCCCCGGCCCUUCGGGCCCCUCACCACCUCAUCCCCCUUAUUUAUUUCAGUUGUCACCUUUGGUGUGAGCGCUGCAGCCUUCCCCGGGAGGCUCCCGCCCCCGCGCCGCCCCACCCCGCCUGGCCCCUGUAUUAUAGCUACAGCCCGAUCCCUUUGUAUAUUGCCCCGGGAUGGAGUUGACUUGCACUUUGCCUGUUGUGGUCACGGGCGCCCGGUUGUCAUGGCCUGGGAAGCGUGCGGGCUCCAGGAGCGUCCUGCGCCGCAUGAGGCUUGGCCUUGCCCCGGCCUCGCAGGCACUGGGACGUCCCGUUUAUUUAUUGGUCUCACUUCACGUUGUCAAAAACGACGACUACGCUGCAAAUGUGGCUUUCCCGGCGCGCCGCCCCCUGCCUGCCAUGCCCGGGGCAGGGGGGGGUGUCCGCACUCUGCUGGGCUCCUUAGCCUGGGGGCUGGCAGGAUCCCAGAGCAGGGAUGCGCUGGGGGGAGCGGGAGCCCCCAGGCUCCACACUGAGAUCUGGGAAUGUUCUUUUUCCCCUUCUGGUCACCCACCAAGAGCCCCUCCCUGACUGCAGCGCAGGGCACUUGGCCUGCUGCUAGGGGUGCGGGCCCCGGGCCUGGAGGUUCAGUGCCCGCCCCCCGUGGGUUCCAGCACCACCGCCGGGUAGUCCUGCCGUUUUGAUGAGAAUGCCACACAGCCGCUGCUGCCUUGCCCGUCUCCCUGUUCGUAUUGCCUGUCUGCCCGGUCGCCUGCUGUGCAAACCUGCAUCUGUGUUACGUUGGAUUUCAAAUAAACUGGUGUGGUAAA